GAAAUGGCAGGAGGCGGAUUCGUCUUUUGGGUGAACAAUGCGUUUGAUUUGAAUUGCAUACGGUCGGGGGUUGCAGGUAGAACAUUACGUCCAUAUAAAACUCACUGAUAAGUGACUGAGUUCAAACAGAUCAGUGUGUCUACAGACUUAGCAGAGAUGUUUAAGCAUUUUCUCUUCUUUUGCACCUUUUGGAAGAAAGGGCGUGUUCCUAUUGGCAGAAUACACUUCAAAUAGCACUGGAGUGGAAACCUGUUAUCAUACCAUCACAGGACAUCUGCUAGGAUGAGAUGAACAUACAGUGUAGCUUCAUCCAAGGUGUAUCAGUUGUUGCUGUUCGCACAGCUUUAGUUAUGCACAUACCAGCCCCUGCUUCUGGGGGUGGAGGUGUGGAGGUGAUAUGGGGGAGGGGGCCAAAGCCCCAAAUAAGAGAGGAGGGCAGGCCCACUUCAGCUUUGUGUAUUGUACCAGGGGUUGAUUCUCGGCUUGUCUGCUGCUGUUUCCAUUAUUUCUAUCAUGGAUACUUCACAAACCGAUGUUUCCCCGUGCCCACCACCCUGGCAGAGGCCCUUCCACACCUAUGGAGGACAGGCCUGCAACCCACUGAUGGCUGGCGACGGUGCAGACAGAACUCCUCUUCACGAGGCCGCGUACCGAGGCCGCCUUCUCCAACUGAGGACCCUCGUUGCUCAGGGGUUCCACGUGGACACGCCCACCAUGGACGGAGUCUCUCCUCUGCAUGAGGCCUGUCUUGGUGGUCAUUACGCUUGUGCCAAGUUCCUGCUGGAAAAUGGAGCAAAUGUGGAUGCGGUGUCGGUAGAUGGCGCCACCCCCCUCUUCAACUCCUGCAGCGGCGGCAGCGCCGCCUGCGUCCUGCUCGUGCUGCUGCGCGGCCCGUCCGUCCGCGCCACGCACCAGCUGGCGUCGCCCGUCCACGAGGCCGCGAGGAAGAAUCACGGCGCGUGCCUGGAGCUGCUGCUGCUGUUUGGAGCUCGCGUGGACGCGGAGCUGCCGCUGCUGGGGACGCCCCUGUAUUCCGCCUGCCUGGCCUCGGCCGUGGACUGCGUGGAGCUGCUGCUGCGCUCAGGAGCAGACGUUCGACUCGGCUGUGAGCAGGACAGCCCUCUGCACGCUGCGGUGAGAGGAGGCGAGGCGGCCGCCGUGCAGCUCCUGCUGGACUUUGGGGCCGAUAUGUCAUGUAGGAACGCGGAGGGACGCUCGCCUCUGGACCUGUCGGCGCCGAACAGCGCUGCGAGAGCUGCCUUGCAGAGAAGAGGUCCAAGCUCCCUGACUCAGCUGUGUCGGGUGUGUGUGCGUCAGAGUCUGGGGAGCGGUCGUCUCCACAGAACCUCCAGCCUUUCGCUUCCUCACGCCAUCAACGACUUUCUUCUGUACAAGUGACACAUCUGCACUGUGUUUGUGUGGCUGGUUUUGCUUUGUGAGUGACCUGAAGGGCUAAUUUUUUGUCAUUGCACAUCACAAUUACAAUUUUACUCUGAACGUGUUAUAUUAUAUAUGUUUUUUUGAACUAAUAAAUGUGUUAAUGUUGAUAAAAGCUGAAACUGUGACACUUUAUAAA